CAGUGAGAUCUUAUCAAGAGCACUGGUUCACGUUAAUCAACAAACCAGUUUGGCUUCAGUUGGCACACCUGCAUCAACUGAACAUUCUAUGAUAUCUUUGCAGUUUUUUUAGGUUCGCGUUUCCUGUGGAUCUGUGAUUUCACUUCUAGCCGCACCUACAGCCAGCCCCAGAACCACACCAACCGAUUUCGCCAACUACGAAAUACGUCUAUCAGAUAUCAACCAUCAAGCAGCUGACGACAGUACAUUUGCAUGAUUCAUCUUGAAUCAUCUCUUAAUCCAUCUCCUAUUGUACCCAUAUUUGCUUUGUUGUCACUCCCUUUUCAAUGGUAUUGCAAAGAGCGCAACGUCGCUUUUAAUCUUCGUUUCACACACCUGUCCAUCCUGCGAUCUGAUUAAUGACAUUUAGUUUGGCCUCGCGCUCUCUGUGUCGCCUUGAAGUCCUGGCGGCUAUACAAAUUGAUAAAAUCCCUGAGCGAUAUCGAACAUAAUUGCUGGAACCUGGACGGCAGGUUGUGCGUCAGUUUUUCUGGUCUGCUGACUAGAAAAGCGUUGUGCUCAAAGGGGCGGUAACCCAUGAUUGUUGCCUGCUGUCCUCCAUUCACAAUUUUCCCCCUUCCUCUCUAGAUACAUCGAAUCGGCAUCAUGUUCUGGCGGUAUGGCGGAUACGCGAAUAUUUCGCCGAUUAACACACUACUGGACAAGCCAGAUGUUACCGUUGAAGAGGUCCUGGAUGAGUCGGAACUAUUGCAUGAGAUGAAGCAGCAUAACACCAAGCUGAUAGAAUUCAUCCGCGAAGAUCAUGUCCUGAAACGCAUGUUGGAAUACAUUGUUUCGCCUAGCCUUUUAAACAAUGAGGACCAUUACGAUAACGAAGAUAUAAAGGCUUGCGGAGAAAGCAAGUCGAGCGAUCGCGACUUGGAGAAAGCUGUUUCGGGCGAAGGAGACGUCGAACCGAAAAGUACAGUAACCCAACAGUCGGAUGGAUUAGGCGCAGACCUCGACCCGGAAGAACUGGAAAAUGCCGAAAAAGCUCGACUUAAGUACGCAUACAUCUCUUCGGAGGUCCUCUCUGCACCUGCUUGGUCCAUAAUAGAGGCCAUGAUGCUAAAUGAGGAAUCGCUUCGAAUCUUCUGGCAGUUCUUGCACGGGAAAACACCCCUUGAUUCAUUGCAGUCUAGCUAUUUCUAUAAGGUUAAUGAAGUCUUGCUUGAUCAAAAGACACCGGAAAUGAUUUCGUUUGUCAUGUCCCUAGAUGGCAUUAUCGAGACGAUGCUGAGGCACGUGGAUAACCCAUCUGUGAUGGAUUUACUUUUGAAGAUUAUUAGCUUGGACAAGCCCGAGGCUGGUCUGGUGGUUACAGAGUGGCUCUAUUCGAACAACUUCAUACCAAUCCUAUUAUCCUAUAUUUCGACUGAACACUCUGCUUCGACACAAACAUCCGCUGGUGAUUUUCUCAAAGCACUCAUUACAAUAUCUGCAAAUGCGGCACAAAAUGAACAACCUUGUAUUGGUCCAAAUAGUCUUACUCGCCAGUUAGUCUCGGAACCAUGCUUGCGAAAUCUGAUCUCCAUAAUGCUACAAGGCGGAAAUCCUCUCGUUGUCGCAGUUGGAAUUGUGAUCGAUGUUAUCCGCAAAAACAAUCCAGAUUAUGACCCAGAGCCACCUGAGGGCCGGGAUGCGACACCUUCCAACCACGACCCCAUUUACUUGGGAACCCUUCUGCGCAUAUUCGCUGACCAUGUUCCUGACUUUAUGAAGUUAAUCCUCAGUUCAGACCGAACGGUUAAUGAGGGUGGCACAUACAAGGUAAUCGAGCGAGGUCGGUUAAGCACAGCAUGGGGAUCAAAGGUCGAGCCCCUAGGAUUCGAUAGGUUCAAAACUUGCGAACUCAUGGCAGAAUUAUUGCAUUGCAGUAAUAUGGGAUUACACAACGAGAUUGGUAGUGAUGAAUAUAUGCAAAUACGAGAGAGUGAACGAGAGCGCCUACGAAACUUGGGAGCCUUUAGUCGACAAGACGAAGACUCCGGUUUGCUGUAUACCGAAAAUACUAAUGAAUUCGGCAACGGAAUAUCGCCCUCGGCGCUUGGUUCAGGCUCCCCCGACGAGAUCAGAAGAAUUGAUAGCUCCAAUACGGGAGAAGAAGAUGGUUUCGAAGACGUUGGCUCGGCUAGUGUCAUUUUGGAAGCCAAAGGCACUCCUGAAAACACAAAUGAGGAGGAUACCAAGUCAUGCGUUGGCACCUUCACUCAUGUGCGCAAGUUGGGAGUGCGUGACGAUCUAGUAGACGAGCCUCUUACUCCUCCUCGAAAUGACCCUUCGUCGACUGAGAAACUCCCAGAAAGGCCACCACCACCCUCAGCUGGUGUUUCUGAACAAGAAGGGCCAACAUCACCAACAUCUUCUGGGUUAACUGAGAAGGUCCAAGGCUUUAAAAUUGAGUCCAUUAACCAAAGUCCUACUGAGUCGCAGAGUUCAGAUCAAGUUACCUCCGCACUAGCCUUAAAUGAUACAGCUCAAGAAGUUACCUGUGACCAAAAUCGGCCAAACCAUCUUCCUACCCCUUCGCCAUCUCCAGCAGCCAAGGUUCCUCCGAUAGCAAAGAACCAAAAACAAGAGGACGGUUCGAAUGAUUAUGCUUCAUGUGGUCAACAGCUCCUCAGUCCAAGCCAAAGAGAAAAGUUUGUUCAAUAUAUUCAAGAAGAUUCAAACGGUCGUCCAGUCGUCGGGGAUUACUUAAAAAUAAUGUUUUAUAAGCAUAAUGUUUUACCCACGAUAUUGUCAUUUUUCUUUCGUUUUCCUUGGAACAACUUUCUUCACAACGUUGUAUACGAUGUUAUUCAGCAGGCAUUGAACGGCUCCAUGGAACAGGGCUUCAAUCAGGUUUUAGUGGUCAAUCUAUUCGAGGAGGCUGAGAUCCCGGCGCAAAUUGUCAAGGGUCAACGCGCGAACGACGAAGCUGAGGCUGCGAAAAAAACACGGCUCGGAUAUAUGGGACACUUAACGCUCAUCUCCGAAGAGGUUGUUAAGUUCACAGAACGGCUCAGCCCAGAGGCAUUGCCCAAAGAGAUAAUGAAAACCGUAUUACAUCCUGAUUGGGUUAAUUUUGUCGAGAAUACCCUUGCCGAGACAAGGGAACGUGAUAAUGCCAUCCUUGGCGGCGUCAAGCCGGAUAUGUCAAUGGGCCAUCGGCAAGCUGUUUUGAACGCGAUCAGUGGAGGUCAGGGGCUGGGUACAUCUUCUGCACUCACUAAUGCCGGCUUGAACGGAUCGAUCCCAAGCUCUGGUUUCGACAGUUUGAAUUUCUCGAAUCAAGGAACGGUUUCCGGUGGAGUCUUGGGCUACGGAGCUGGUACCGCUUCGCUAUUCAGUGGAUUCGGCAGCUCGAGUGAUGACGAAGACGAAGAGAUGGAAGAUCCCGAGGAUUUACAUCGUGGCUUCCAAAACACAAAUAAUGAUGGGUUAGACUCUGCAAAUGGAGCCGAUGGCCCGACAAGUCGUCCGAUUUCGAUUCUUCCUCCCCCUCCUCCCACGUCUCUUAGCAGUGGGCCGUCGCGUGCUCGACGACAGCUUGCCGCCCGUCUAGCUGCUCAAAAGGAAGCUGCUGAAAAGGCUGCAUCUGCAUCUGGAAAGGAUGCUUCGGAUGCCAAAAACCAGAAUGAGAUUGUUCCAGAUAGCAGACCGGGUUUCUCCAACCAAAGGGAAGACUUUUCCGGGACCGCCCCGACGAGCAAUCCGUUUCUCAGUGCGGAUGACGACCGAGACCUAGACCCCAACGCUGACCUGGAAUUUGUAUCGCCGUUCGCAAUGCCUGGAGAAGGAUCGUCGUCGCCGCGACACUCAUUCUUUUCCAGUUUCCAGCCGCCAAGUGCGUAUUCGUCAAGUUCGUCUGAUGAUGACGAAAGCAUCGAAGCAGUCCAACGUAACUACCGCCUUCCACUUGAGGUCUACGACGACGACGACGACGAAGUGGGGGAUAUAGUCGAGCCAUCUACUGGAUUCAGCUCGUAUUCGGACGAUGACGAUGAAGAAACGCUUAUCCGAGAGACCAUUGGGUACUCGGAUUUUUUCGGUCGAGAGCGCUACGCAAACAGCACGACCUUGUCUUCGAAUAACAGUGGGCAACACGACAAUAGUGAUGACGAAGAUGAGGGUUUGAUAGAGAUUCUUGUGCCAGGGAGGAGGACUCCUUCCAAUUAACACGCCCUCUGCUUGAUGUUACGGAUCUCUUAAGUCGGUUCGAUUUCGAUUCGUUGUCCGGACGAGUGUCCGACAUCAGGUAUAUGCAUAGGCCCCUUACGAUUUCUUGUAGAGAGUGGUGCCAUCUGUUGUUUUCUCACUGUCUCGAUAGAUCUGAUGCAGACCGGGAGGGGGGAGGAUAGAUUCGUUUUGUGAUACCAAUCGGAUACUCUACGGGGAUAGACCAAAGGGAGGGAAUGGAGGGGGAUAAGGUUGUUGGUUCUUCUGCUUCUGCUUCCUGGGUUCUACUUGCUUUAUGACGGAUGAUUCUGACGCUUUGAUUUUCUUACUGCUGGCAUUUGGGAAAGGUCUUUUUUUGGACUGUUGCUUCCUCCGCUUCUUCUUCGCCUUCUUGUUCCCUUCCUGUACAUACAUUGUAUACUACCAGAGCAGAUGGUGAUUUUAUUGCAAGUGGGAAAUUCCACCUGUCCGUUCUUAUCUGCC